GCAGUACAAAGUGGAAAAAAAAUGAUAACCACAUAAAGGUCAAUGAGUAAAAUUUAAAAAAGUAGCUUUCGGCUGCGGUUCUGCUGCCUUCAUCAGCGGGAGAGAGAGAAAGGAGACAAAAUAGAGAGAGGGAAAAUGUAAGAUGAGAUCCUUGCUGUUCUUGCUGCUGGUGUUGAGGUGGACCUCGGGGGAACUGCCGCCUCCAGAGAGGUCCUACAAAAUCCUGAUGGUCCUUCCAGUUUCCAGCCACAGCCACAGGAAUGUUUUUCUUCCUUUAGCGAAGGCUUUGGCAGAGCGAGGUCACAAGAUCGAGAUGCUGAGCAACACGAACAAACCCAUAGUCCAUCCGGGCAUCCAUGAAAUCGCCCACAACCUGCCCGAAUUUGAUGUGUCGACUCUGAACUUGUUCGACACCCGAAAGGAGCCAGAAGGUUCAUUUUACCUCUUCAUAGAUGCAAUGCCCAAAUUUGCCCGGAAGAUCUACCACUUGCCUCAAGUGAAGGAACUCUAUGCCAGGAGGAAGGAGUUCGACCUUGUCAUUGCAGACCACAUGUUUAACGAGGUCGUGUAUCCCUUCGCCUAUGAGCUACCCUUCAUGACUAUUGCCACACCGGGCAUGGACUACAGGCAAAGUGCCGUCCUGGGCAACGUCCUCAACCCAGCUUACGUGCCCAAUUUCUUGCUGCCAACGAGCUUGGAUACCGUCUUCGGGCGCCUUAAAAACACUUUCCUGCACAUCUUCACCGCCAUCCAUUGGAGACUCUGGAAGAUUGUUCCUUCUGUACAGAAAGAGAUCUCAGCCCAGUUCCCUGACCUCCCUCCCCUUUUGGACAUCGAAAGGAACCAGUCUCUCACGCUCCUGAAUUCUCACUUCUCGAUGGACAUGCCGGUUCCCCUCCUGCCGUCACAGAUCGAGGUUGGGGGCUUACACUGCCGACCGGCGAAGCCCUUGCCAGAGGUGAGGCUCACAUUCAGUCACAAGCCUUGAAAUUAUA